GGCUAGUAGAUUGACUUUUUGGUGGAACUUCAUUCGGCUUUCGUUAUCAUCCUCUAUCCCAGCCUUUGCUUAGAGCAGGAGGUUUCCUCAGGUUCACCUCCACAAUUUUGUGCCAGUUUCAGAAGAUAACUGAAAGAGGUUGAAUUUCGAGAUGGGUUGCUUGGCUUUUGUCAAGUUUGCAUUGAUACGCUUGGAUGCUCUUGCAUGGCCUCUCUUUGCUUUGGGUUAUCCUCUAAGAGCUUCCAUUCAGGCAAUUGAGGCUGAUUCGAGCUCUGACUCCAAGAAAUUGGUUACCUAUUGGGUUAUCUUUUCAUUGAUUUCCCUAUUUGAGCAUGCUUUCAUGGGGCUGCUUCAAUGGCUACCAUUCUGGCCAUACAUGAAGCUAACCCUCGUCGGCUGGUUGAUGAUACCUCGCUUUGAUGGUGCUUUAUAUGUCUAUGACAACUUUGUUCACCCAUGUCUCUAUGUGGACAUGCAAACUGUCAUUAACUGGUUCAGGAAGCAGCAGGAGUUCUUUUUGAACGACAAUUUUCUUGCUGAGGCAGAUAAAUAUGUGAAGGCAAAUGGACCUGAAGCUUUGGAGAAACUUAUUCCUACCGAGUCAAAGGACAGAGAGCCUAGCAUGCUGCAGAAAGAAAUAAAACCUGUACGAGUAACACAGGAAAAGGAAACUGCUGCAGUGAACCUGUCAAAGGACAGAGAGCCUAGCACGCUGCAGAAAGAAAUAAAACCUGUACGAGUAGCAGAGGUAAAGGAAACUGCUGCAGUGAACCUGAUUCCUGAAACAGAGCCCAGUGCUGCUCAGACACAGGUCAAGAUGUUGGCAGUUGCCCGUCCGGAGAUAAAGGAAGCAACAGGUUGGGAUCUUCCUGAGUUACCUUCAGAUAAGCAAGUUCAGAAGGAGUGGACCUGUGCCAUGUGUCAAGUAACAACCUCCUGUGAGAAAAACUUGAAUAUGCAUCUCCAAGGAAGACGACACAGGGCUGCUUGUGAGGGGCUAAUGAAGGCAAAGAACCAGCCUUCCAAAGGCAAAGUUGCUCCUGCUUCAGCGGUUAAGGACUCCAAAAAGGAACCUGAGAAACGUGCUUCCAGCAGUAGUACUCAGGCCAGCCAAAAGAUGCAGCAACCUUCCAACGGCCAAGUCUCUGCUGCUUCAGUGGCUAAGAACUCUGAUCUUCUCAAAAAUGAACCUGAGAAAUGUGCAACCAGCAAUGGUACACCCACAUCCAGCAAAGCCGUGAAUCCUAAAACAGGGAUAAGCAAUGGAAGCAAACCUGAUCUGCCCAAAGAGGAACCAAAGAACUCGUUACCAAAAAAUAAGGCAGGAAAUCAACAAAAAUCAAGAGAAAAGGUACAAGGACAGCAACAGAGUGGGAAGAAACAUGCUAAGAUUAAUAAUCCUCAAUUUCGGUGCACCAUCUGUAACAUAAGCUGCGGUCGUUCAGAGGACUUGAACUGUCACCUCUGGGGAAGGAAGCACUUGGCCCGGAUUCAAGAACUGAAUAGACUCGGACAAAGCGAGCUUGCUUGAGUUGGAUAGUUUCUGCAAUUGAUGCUGAAAUCUUCGCAGAUGUAUAGGUUGAGAAAACUAAGAAAAAUGAACAUGAUUUCUUUAUCUAAAGAGUUUUUCUUCAUCCCAGGGGGUUCUUAGUUUUUCAGCAUGUAAUGGGGAAAAUUAUCAUACCUAAAAGAUCACUUGCCAUAUAUAUUCUUACAUUUCCAUAAGAUUUGAUGUUCUUCAGAAAUUUUACUGAAGCAGCAAAGAGCAAAGGCCAGAGAAAGACCAGAAUUACUGGGUCAAGAAAGUUUAAAGGUUAGCUUGAUAA